GGGAGCUUUCCGGAAAGUGAUUGCCAACUCAAAAAAAGGUUAUUUUUUAAUUUUUGUGCAUUUCUUUACUAUUUUUAUUAUUUUAUAGUCUUUGAAGAAUAUGAAAAACAACAUUAGUGUAAAAAAAGAUACUGCGAUCGUUGAACUGAAUUUACGUAGAAAAAUAUGCUAAAAUCAAGUAUUUGCUGCUCAAUAAUCAUAUGGAAAAUCGCCACAAGUUUUUUGUUUAUUAUUUUCAAUGUCUGGAAUUUCUAUCAAUUAUUAGAGAUUUUUCCAUUGAAUAUUAAAAAAGAAUAUGAAUAUAUAAUAGUUGGAACGGGAGUUGGUGGAUCAACUGUUGCUUCUGGGAUUGAGAGUGAAGAUGUUUUGAUUUUGGAGGCCGGUACUGAACCUUCCUGGUUGAUGAACAUUCCAAUGUUGACGCCAAUUUUGCAAAAUGGUCCGUAUGAUUGGAAUUUCUACACAGAAUCCCAAGAGAAAAGCGCUAAGGGCUUGAAGGGAAGGCAGAUUCACUUCCCUUUGGGCAAAGUUGUGGGCGGAUCUCACGUACUGAACAUGCAGAUUUACAUGCGAGGGCAUCCUGAGGAUCAUCGGGUCUAUGUAAAUGGUGAGUACAAUUUCCACAGGGAUAUUGAGAGAUAUUUCGAGCAGUUUGAACGCGAUUUGGGGCCUGAAGAAGUAAAAUUUCGCACAAAGCUCGCAGAUGCAUUUCAAGAAGCUGGCCAGGAAAGUGGAUAUGGCCCCUUUGAAUCCGUUCGUGUUACCCAGAAGCAUGGAAUGCGUUUCACAGUGGCGGAUUUUUACAAAGAAUUAAACAGAAAUGGGCACAGAGUUGUUUCCGGGGCUUUUGUGACUCGAGUCACUUUUGAGGAAGAUUUGGCAACAGCCAGUGGGGUAGAAUUCACAAAAUCCGGGAAGGAAUACUCAGUGAGGGCUACAAAAGGGGUUAUUUUAUCCGCGGGGACUGUAGGAAGUGCAAAAAUCCUUUUACAGUCCGGAAUAGGACCUAUGAAUCAUCUCAAGAAUGUUGGCAUUCCUGUAAGAGUUAAUCUUCCAGUUGGUGAGAAUUUGAUCGACCACGUUAGCACAGGAUACAAUAUCCUACUCCUCAAUGAAAGCCUCUCCCUGGAUUGGAGUGAUAUCUUAACGCCAAAAAGCCUUUGCUCCUUCGCGAAAGGAGAAGGACCCUGGACAAUGCCUGGCUGUGAAUCCUCUGCAAUCUUGAGCCUUAGCUCAGACAUUCCCAAUCUUCAAUUCAUGGUCCUUCCAGUAGGGCUAACUCAGGAUUUUGGCGUGCAUCUAAAGAACAUUGCUAACAUUGACGACAAAGUCUGGGAAAAAUAUUUUGGGAAAAUGCUCGGUAUGUCAGCAGCUACAAUUCUUCCGGUUGUCCUUCAUCCGAAGAGCCAGGGCGUCAUAAGGCUGAAAGAUUCCAAUCCUUACUCAUCCCCUGUGAUAGAUCCGCAGUACCUGAGUCAUCCUGAGGACCGUGAAGUGCUCCUCAAAGGCAUUCGAAUCCUCCAGAAACUCAUUGACACUGAAGCAAUGCAGAAGAUUGGGGCUGAAAUCAAUCCACUGCCAUUCCCAGGCUGCGAAAACUUUCCUUGGGACUCUCGGGAUUACUGGUUGUGCUACAUUGAACAUCUGACUCUGACUACAUUUCACCCGGCGGGGACAUGCAGCAUGGGAAGUGUCGUUGACAGGAAUUUCCGGGUGCUGCAUAUGGAGAAACUUUUUGUUGUGGACGCUUCUGUGAUGCCCAAACUGCCAAGUGGAAAUCCCAUGGGGACAAUUGGGAUGCUUGCACAUCGUUUUCUAGCCGUAAAUGGAAUUUCUAAACAUUUUCCAACUGAGAUUUCAAGUUAAUAAAAAAAAUAUUAAAAAAUUAUUAAAA